AUCGGGAAAAUAUUCGCCUUGUGCUAAAAUUUCGACAACUUUCACCUCAUAGAAAAACGAUAUCGAGGUAGUUUACACCAACCCAGUAAUACUUCGGCGCGAAUCUCCUCUAAAAAUAUCGUAUUUCUGGUAUAAUCCAAUAUGGCAUCUACUUCUUUGGCCGACCUCAUCGCGGCCUUGCCCGAGGGCGAUGGAUGGGGCCCUCCCACCGUAACCGACACCACCUUGAAUGGCGUACCUUAUGCCCCCUUCUCCAAGGGCGACAAGCUGGGUCGUAUGGCAGAUUGGACAGCAGAUAGCAAGGACUCUAGGGAUGGUCGCGGCGGUAGACAACAAUACAACCGCAACUUUAGAGACCAGCAGAUCUACGGUGCAGGCAGCGCACAGCUUUUCACUGCCCCUCUCGCCGAAGACGAAAACACCUUCUCCGUUGUUAGCCGAGAAACCACCAAAACACGAUAUGGUCGGGGAGCCGUCUUCACGCGUGGUCGCGGACAACGGGGUGCCCGCCAAGAUACACGAGGUGGUCGCGCUCAGCCGCAACGCCCUGGACGUGGUGGCCAGCAAGGCUACGGAUACGACAGCCGUGGUGGACGUUCUAAUGCGCCUCGUGGUCGCCGCUUUGGAUGGAAGGACUACGACAAGCCGGCCCGAAAUCGCGAUGCAUCCAUCAACAUCAAGGCGGACUGGCAGUUGUUGGAAGAGAUUGAUUUCAACAGACUUGCUAAGCUAAACCUCGACGCUGAUGAGGGAGAAGAUAUGGAUAGCUAUGGUUUCCUAUACUAUUACGACCGAUCUUACGACAAGCAACCUGUUAAGACGGCUGAGAGGAGACUGGUACCCCUCGAUCGUGCCGCUUACAACGUCACGACCUCUUCGGAUCCUGUUAUCCAGGAACUAGCCGACAAGGAAGAAGCAACUAUCUUUGCCACCGACAGCAUCCUAUCUAUGCUCAUGUGCUCCACCCGCUCAGUUUACCCUUGGGAUAUUGUCAUUGUUAGGCAAGGCAACAAGAUUUUCCUUGACAAGCGCGAUAAUGCUGCUCUUGACAUGGUAACAGUGAACGAAAAUGCUGCCGAUGCACCUUUUGAAUCUUCAGACGGCAACAAGGACGGUAUUAACCAGCCUGGCGCACUGGCGGAAGAGGCUACUUAUAUCAACCACAACUUUGCGAACCAGGUUGUCUUGGAGAAUGAGCACCAGAAGGUCCACAUGACACAUGACAACCCAUUCUACAACGCUUCUGAAGAGACUGAACCCCCCGCGAGCAAGGCGUACAAGUACCGCCGAUUCGACCUUUCCACCAGCGAAGAGGACCCGAUGUAUCUGAUUGUCCGAACCGAGCUCGACGCUGUUCAAAAGAACGCUAUCAGCGGCGAAGACCAGUUCGUCACUGUAAAGGCUCUCAACGAGUUCGACAACAAGGCACAGGGCAGUGGUGGUGCGUUGGAUUGGCGAACCAAGCUAUUCACUCAACGUGGUGCUGUUGUAGCAACGGAAAUGAAGAACAACAGUGUCAAGCUUGCUCGAUGGACCGUACAAAGCAUCCUCUCCAAGGCGGAUGUUAUGAAGCUUGGUUUCGUUUCUCGUGCCAACCCGAAGUCAAACGACAAGCACGUAAUCCUGGGAGUUAUUGGCUGGAAACCCAAGGAUUUUGCUAACCAGAUGACUUUGUCUCUCUCCAACGGUUGGGGUAUUGUUCGUACCAUCGCCGACAUGUGUCUCAAGCGUAAUGACGGCAAAUUUGUCCUCGUCAAGGAUCCCAACAAGUCUAUCCUUCGAUUAUACGAGGUGCCUGCUGGUAGCUUUGAUGAGGAUGGCGAGGAGGAGAUUAUCGCAGAGGCGGCUGCUGAGGAAGAGUAAAUAUCCUUAGUAUCCCGAGCAAAAAGUCUAGAGAGCAUGGUUUAUUAGUGUUACGAGCCAAUCACUGAUGGUUGAUUAAGAGCUGGUAGGCUCUAGACAAAAGUCCACAGUUAAUAGAGUAUAUUGAUUCUAUUUACCCUA